AUGUCGACUCAGCAAGUUUUCCGUUUGCAUCAGCGUACCUCGGUACAGGAUCUUACCAUUCACACGGAAAGCAUCCCGGAGCCCGCUGCCCAUGAGGUUCUAAUCCAGGUCCGAACAGUGGCUCUUAACUUCCGAGAUUUCGCCGUGGCUACUGGAAAAUAUCCCUUCCCAGUUAAGGACGACGUUAUUCCUGGUUCUGACAUGGCUGGAGAAGUUGUUUGCACCGGCAAUAAAGUUGAAGGUUUUGCCAAAGGAGACAGAGUCAUUGCACCAUUCGAUUUGAGUGCACUAUAUGGAGCGAUACCAGACUGGAACCACAGUCUUGGCGGCUGCUACGACGGUGUACUACGAGAGUAUAUUACUCUUCCAGGCUCCGCACUCGUCAAAGUUCCUGUCGAAUCUUUGCUAAGCUAUGCAGAACUGUCUGCGAUUGUUUGUACAGGCACUACUGCUUGGAAUGCGCUGUAUGGCAACAAUCCUCUGAAGCCUGGCCAAACCGUUCUUUUUCUAGGCACUGGAGGUGUUUCAAUUACUGGUUUGAUUCUUGCUAAGGCAGCUGGGGCCAGGACCAUAAUUACAUCCUCAUCUGACUCCAAGCUGGAGUAUGUCAAGGCUAAGUGGGGUGCGGAUCAUACCAUUAACUACAAGAAUAAUCCCAAGUGGUCUGAGGAAAUUCUCAAAAUCACACAAGGUCACGGAGCUGAUCAUAUUUUUGAGAACGGAGGCGCUGGUACUAUCGCUGAAAGCAUUAAUUCUGUCGCUUACGGUGGCUGCAUUUCUGUCAUUGGCUUUCUGGCCUCAUGCGCUCAGGAUAAGAUGCCUGACGUCGCUGCCCUCGCUCUUUCGAAAGGUGCCGUGAUAAGGGGCAUCAUGGUAGGGUCUAAGCAGCAGUUGGAGGAGGUCACACGGUUUGUGACUACUAACAAUCUACGGCUUCCGGUUGAAAAAGAGUUUGGCUUUAGUAGGGAAAGUGUUCUGGCGGCUUUUGAGUACUUGACGAGUGGUCAGCAUGUUGGAAAGAUUUCUAUUACUGUAAACUAG